AUGUCUGUCGUUUCUCGCGCUAGUCGCAUCCGGAACCCCGCAUUGUUCGUUUGCGAUAUCCAGGAUAAAUUCCGCAAUGCAAUCUACGAAUUUCCCAAACUCGUAUCAACAACCGACAAACUCGUCCGCGCCGCAAAAAUCCUCUCAAUCCCAACCUACAUCUCAACCCAAUCCAGAAGCAAACUCGGCCCCACAAUCCCCGAACUAGCCACGCACCUCUCCGGCCCACACAUCCGCGCCGACAUCGACAAAACACUCUUCUCAAUGAUAACCCCCGAGAUCGAAAAGCAACUACCCGUGAAAGCGCAAGACCCACUGGAUGUAAUCCUCGUCGGAAUCGAAACACACAUCUGCAUCACGCAGACAACGCUGGACCUGCUCGAGCGCGGACAUAGAGUGUACGUCAUCGUGGAUGGAGUUAGUAGUAUUAAUGCUGAGGAGAGGGGGGUUGCGUUGGCGAGACUUAGGGAUGCGGGGGCGAUUGUGACGAGUAGUGAGAGUGUUUUGUUUGAGAUUUUGGGGGAUGCGGGGCAUGAGGCCUUUAGGGAGAUUAGUGGGUUGGUUAAGGAGAGUAAGGAGGAGACUAAGGCUGCGAUGGGGGUGUUUUCGAAGAUUUAG